AUGGCAACACCGUCGGAACUUGGAGUGAACCCCAAGCUGCCGACGUGGGAUGGCGAUUGGCGUACGUAUGCUGACUUCCGUUUGGCAUGCCUCUUGGAGAAAGAUGGCUUGAAGGAAGAAGAUCAGCUGACCCUCGCUCCUCGCUUGGCGAGGAAUCUGACGGGCAAGGCUUGGGAGGCCUGCACCGACAUUGACCGAGCUGAACUCCGCAAGAAGGAAGGACUCGACUACCUCCUCAAGUACUUGAAGGAGAAGCGGGGCAAGCAGCAGGUUGAUAUCUUAGGUGAGGCCUUUGAGAAGUACUUUCAGUCAGGUGACGCCAUUCGUCAGGACCGUGAAUGCCUAACGGACUUCGAGCAGCGCGUCUCCGUGCACUUCCGGGACAUUGCCAGAGCCUUGCAAGAGAUGGGGACCUCCGUGGAGGUACCGUCAGAGAUCUACGGCUGGUUCCUGCUCAACAAGCAUAUCCGGCUGGAGCCUUCCGACGUGGCGACUCUCAAGUCGCAGACGGCCAGCUACAAGCUUGCUGAUGUCUGGAAGGCAUUGCGGAAGAUGUGGGGUGGAGACAGCCUGGUAGUGAAAGACCAGGAAAGAAAGAAGUCCGCCAAGGCAUACAUGGCAGUUGAGGAGUACGAGGAUGAAGACGGUGAUGGAGCCGGAGUAUGGUGGACCGACCCCGAGGACGAUGGAGCCCUGGAGCCAGAGGACGAGGAAGCGACCGAGAUCUGGUUUGAGGAGGCGUUAGAAGCACUCCAGGAGAACCCGUCCGAUGAGGUUGUCCUGGCAAACUUCAACGAAGCAAAGAAAGCCUUCUACAAGGACGCCAGAAAGGCCUUGGAUCAGAGUCGGGUCAACCGCGGCUUCUACCCGAACACCAAAGGAAAAGGAAAAGGCAAGAGCAAGGGCAACAGCAGCCGGGCCAAAGGAGAUGAUGCCAAGGUGGAGUUCCGUGGAAAGUGCAUGCGGUGUGGCCGUUUCGGUCAUAAAGCGCAGAACUGUCCGCAAGGUGGCAAAGGCCGAGGACCCGGAAAGGGAAUCGGUGUCGGGUUGGUGUACACCAACUGGACGGACGAUGAGGCGCAGCCGCUUCUCACGGGCGCGGUGACCGAGCACAAUACGCGAGCCAUCGUGGACUGCGGCGCCUCAGAGAGCAUUGUGGGAGCAUUGACCUUGCGGAGACUCCAUUCCGAGCUCGAGGGCCUGGGCUUCGACCCCGACCAGGAGAUCGAGCUUGACAACCGUCUCAGAAAGACCUUCGUCUUCGGCAACAACGAGUCCAGUCAGGCCUUAGGACAUGCCACAGUGACGGCCGGAAUCCAUGGUCGAGAGCAGAAGCUGGGGAUGCAUGUGGUUGAAGGACAGACGCCGUUGCUCCUUUCCGGCAAAUGGCUGUACGAGCAGAAGGCCAUCAUCGACUUUGGGCGCGGUCAAGCCAUCUUCCCGUUCUUGGGCCCGGAGGUGAUCCAGCUCGAGCGGGCUGCCACGUACCACCUCUUGAUGCCCGUCACAGCCUUCGAAGGACAUGACAAAGCCCGUGCACUCACCGCAGUGGCGCAGGAUGCAGCCGGUCCUCUCCUGAGGGCCUGUGCCCAGAUGUUCGACGCAAAAGAAGAAGCUGAUUCACCUUUAGCCACGGCAGUGGAAGAGGCUGGAGGACAUGCGUACCGAAUGGGGUUGCACAGUGGUUAUGACCUGGCUACUAAGGCGGGUCUGAAAAAGGCACUGGCUACGCUCCGGAAGUUGCGGCCUAGGUAUGUGCAUGUCUCGCCUCCCUGUUUCCCAUGGACCACCCCUAGCUGUGCUAACCACAAGAACCCUCAACAGGAAGCCGAACAACUCAAGCAAAGAGCUCACGGUCGUUUGAUCCUUCGCAACUGCCUGAAGCUAAUCCAGGUGCAGCGUCAGGAGUUGCAGGGUGAAUCUGGUAUGGGGCCAGAUUGCCAGGAUACACAUGUCGGCGGAGAGCAGCCUCUUAGUGCAGCGUCUUGGAAGGAGCCUUCAGUGAAGCUUAUGGUGAGACUUUGUGGGGGAGAGCGUUUCAGAAUUGAGGAUUGUCGUUAUGGGGCUGAGACUAGAUGUAGCGGUUUUGCUAUUCAGAAGGGUUGGCUCAGUAGUAGUCCGGAAAUUCGCGAAGCGCUAGACAAAGUCGGUAGGCAUGAGCAUGAGCGUGCUUCCGUGGCCGGCAGGGCAGUAGCUGAGACUGCUGUGUAUCCUCAGAGUUUUUGUAGGUCUUUUGCGAAGGUCUUGAUGAAGUCCCGAGUUGACCGAUGCAUGACUGUCCAAAAUCACCCUGAAGAGCCGAGUCAGCAAACUAGCGAACUCAAAGAAACCAAAGAGCCCCAAUGGAACCCCAGUAUCCUGAAAGAAAAGCUGAGAGUGAUACAUGCUAAUCUAGGUCAUCCCUCAAAUCAAGUUCUUGUUCGCAUGCUCAAAGACGCUCGGGCCUCAGAGGACCUGAUUAAGCUGGCAGCCAACUAUGAAUGCCACCAUUGUGCCAAGAGAGGGCACGCCAAUCCCCAUCGCACAGCGCAGGUGCCACAUGCGACUCGCAAGUGGGAAGUAGUUAGUGUCGACACCUUUUGGUGGCACAGUCCUCACAAAGACGCCCAGGGUAAUCCCAAAGAACAUGUGUUAGGGGUUUCGUGGUUGGAUGAGGCCAGUGAUUUCCACACUGCUUUAGGUGCCUUUCGAGACUCAGGACUUCUGGAUUGGAUUGAGGCACAAGCCAUUAAGGUUAAUGUCAUUGCGGGAGAGGCCGCUUGGCAGGUUGGUAAGCACUCUAGACACCUUGAAGUCCUGAAAGAGAACAUGUCUUUGCUGUCCUUGGAACUGGGGCCAAACGUUGCAGCGCAGGAGCUUCUUGGGCUUUGUUUGGCAUCUAAGAACGAGAUGCACCAGGACAGGAGACCUUUGAAGAGUCCUUACAAAGAUCCGAAGCGGCGCGAAGGACUUUCCUGCAAGCAGAUAGCCGGCGCAGGAUCCAUCGCGCCGCGCGAGGACGUGCGCGCAAAAGCGAAAACUUUCAGGAUUUGGCCGAAGAACCUGAAGACUCAGAGAUACAUGAGCACGAGCCGGUCGUUCCUGGCCCAAGUGAACCGACGCCAAGUCCUGCUCCCCCUUUCCGCGCUCAAUGCCAAGGUCACCGAGAGCCAGAAGGAGAAGAAAUUGAAGGCGGAACAGACCGAACGCGAACGCUGCCUCAACAUGGACCUCAAGGACCUAGCCCAGGAGAAGAUCACAGUCGGGAAGUACAAGGGCCGAACAGUGCAAGAAGCGAGUCAGGACCCCAGCUACAUGAAGUGGUUGCUGGAGCAUCAGGAGGACAACACGAACUUCAUCAAGCUCAUCGUCUACAACGAGAAGACCCUGUGCAGCGUCAAGGUGAUCACGAAGAGUUCUGGAAGCGAGCCGACCAGAUCCGAGAUGAGCACAGAGCCCGAAGAGACGAACGAGUGGCUGAAGAUCGUCGACGAGGUCAAUCCCAGAGCCAUGGCCCAGAUGAUCGCGAUGCUCAACGGGACAGUGGAACAUCUCAAGGGCCGAAUCUCCCAGCUGGAAGAGACCGUCAUUCAGCAGCAGCAGGCACUAUACCAGAUUAUGUCCCAAGCGCAGGUGACGGACGAAAAGGCCGAAUCCGCGAACCAGCGCCUGACCGAUGAGAUAGAAAAUUGCUGCGCUGAAGAAGAAGUAGGCAGUUUGCGUGUUCUUAGCAAAGGCCUUGAAACAGGGUGCGAUGACGGACAGUCAGGUCUUGAGAACCUGAAGUUUGGAUGCUUUGAGUGGCAACGAGCCUCCGCUGAACCCCUGUGGGAAAGCCUCCAGGAGAAGAAGCCUAGACGUAUCACGUAUGCUAAGGAACAACCUGGUGAAGGCCGGGACCUUGAAGUUCACUUUAGCACUGCCCUCAAUAGCUCUCACGAAGUCAUCGAGAUUGCCUUGGAUCUUCAACCUCGUGAUGUUCAUAAGAUCAACCAUCGAGGCAGUCAUGUUUGGGUUUUGAAUGACAAGCCCAAGCGUCGCGCGGAAGUUCAGUUUAGGCAUCUUGAGGAUAGUGACAAACUUGACUUUAUGAAGGCCAUGCAAGGUGAAUUGAGCUCGUAUUUAGAACAUGAAGCUGUUGCCAUUGCAAAGAGACACAAUGUUCCGGCAGCUAGAGUCAUGGGCAUGCGCUGGGUCCUGUCGUGGAAGGCUGUCACUAACGAACAGGGUGAGGUUACCGGACAGAAGCCGAAGGCUAGGUUGAUCAUCAAGGGUUAUCAGGAUCCUGAUCUUCUUCAUCUGAAACGUGACUCUCCGACUCUUGCUACCCAAAGCAGGAACAUGAUCUUGGCUUUAGCGGCUGCGAACAGAUGGGAUGCUUAUUUAGGCGAUAUCAAGACGGCGUUCUUAAACGGCGACAAAACCGAGGCCCAGAGAGAAGUGUUUGCGGAACCUCCUGAAGAAGUCCGUAGAAUGUUAAACAUGCGUCCAAACGAACUGUUUAGGAUUCUCAAAGCCGUGUACGGACUUCUCCAUGCACCCAGGGCUUGGGCUGACAAGCUUGCCAAGGAACUUCAGAAGCAAGGAUGGACGCAGUCUCGACUGGAACCGUGUGUAUGGCGUCUCUACAACACUGACAGGACUUUAUGCGGUCUGAUAGGGAUUCACGUAGAUGACAUCCUUUGUUGUGGUUCUGGAGAGAGGUUCCGGGAACGAGUUCAAGUGUUGAGAGAGAGUUUUCCCUUUGGGUCAUGGAAGUCAUUGCAAGAGCCUAGUAUGUUCUGUGGGCGUGAAAUUCGCCAGAAGGAGGACGGAUCAAUUGAGCUGAACCAAGAAAGGUAUGCUGAAGGGAUCAAUGAGAUUCCCCUAAGUAAAGUCCGGAAGGAACAGCCCGAAUUGGAGGUAACCGAAGACGAACGCAAACAGUUUCGAGCAGCUCUGGGAGCACUCUCCUGGAGAGCCACGCAAUCGGCUCCAUGGCUAGCCGCCAGCGUAUCCUAUCUGCAAGGAUGUCACAAAGCCGCCAAGGUGGGAGAUCUCAUUCAAGCCAACAAGCUGAUCCGAAUGCAACGGAUUUAUAGUCAACAAACACUGUAUUUUCCGUCCGAGAUUUCCGAACCGGUUUUGCUUACGUAUCAUGAUGCUUCGUACGCUUGUCGUCGUGAUGGAUCAUCCCAGGGUGGCGUCUUCACUAUGCUGGUUGACAAGUGUGUUCUUGCAGGGAAGGUAGGUAAGUACUCUCCUCUAGGCUGGCAGUCCCGAAAGCUCCCCAGAAUCUGUAGGAGUUCUACUGCGGCUGAAAUUCAAACAGGUAGCCAUGCCAUGGAUACUCAUGAGUUCACCAAACAACUUCUCCUAGAGUGGUACAAUCAGCAGGUGAUUGACUAUAAAGACAUGGACAAGGCACUCCGUCGUUUCCAGUCCGUCGUGGUUACUGACAGUAAAAACCUGUAUGAUUCUGUGCAUAGGAUUGAAACCAGUGGUCUUCAACUGGAAGAACGACGAUUAGCCCUGGAGGUUUUGUCCAUACGCGAGCGCAUCAAGUCUGCUGGGAUGCAUUUCAAAUGGGUCGAUUCAGAUCAACAGCUUGCUGAUAACCUGUCCAAGCCUUUCUCUUUUCAGACUCUCCUUACUGCCAUUCAUAAAGGGGAACUUUGUUUACAGUUUGAUUCGCAGUUUGUGUCUGCGAAGAAGAAGCGGGCCUGGAAGAACAAGACGAGAUCUAAAGUAGACUCCGACUCUGACGUCACAUCAGUAAAGAGAUUUUGA